CCAUAUCACAUGCACUUGAUGCAUUUUCUUCACCACCGCCAUGUCGGUGGCCACCAUCUUGGGUGCCGCCAACCUUUUCGCUCGGCUGGAGCUUCCGGUGGAGCGCGUGGAGGUGGCGACCGUGCGGAGCCAGUAUCGGCGCUUGGCCCUGGCGGUGCAUCCAGACAAGUGUCAGGAUCCCCGCGCCAAGGAGGCCUUCCAACUGCUCAGCGAGGCCUUUGAACAGCUCUCCUCUGAGACACUUCAGGCCCAGCUGCUGGGUGCAACUGGACGCGCUCGUCCGGCUCCGCAGGGGCGCGGUCCGGCCCAGGCAGAUGAGACAAAGGCUCACUGGUGGGAUACGAAGACCUGGGAGGAGUUUGAGGAGCGUUUGAGGCAUCGCGACCGUGCCGAGCAAGCCCUGCGGCGCCAGUACUGUGGAGGACUCCGGGCACGUUUCGCCACUCGCAAGGUCCGAGGCCAGGUCUUUGCCGCGGAGCGCUCCGUGGAGCACCUGGACCGGCAGAAGGGUCUGCCGGAGAGCCCCCUGUGGCCGCCCGAAUCCACCCAAGCAGCCCGGGAUUUGGAGGAGGAAGUGGCCAAAGCGCGACAGACCGAACCAUGGCCAGGGGCCGCCAACGAGCUGCUGCCGGACUAUCAGGAGCGCCUGGAAUUGAACAAUCCUGGCUUGGCCAUUCAACGCCUCCUGGAGCUAAUGACUCACUUGCGCACGGUGCAUCUCUACUGCCUGUUUUGCGGGUGCACUUACGACUCCGCCAAUGACAUGGACCGGAACUGCCCAGGCAUCACUGAGGAGGAGCACGACGAGGCUAUGGCCUUCGGCCUGCGGACUUCCACAGAGACACAGGUGGAAACCGCCGAGGAGACCACCGGCGAGGAUCCCUUGGAGGCCUUCAUGGCGCCUUGGCCGGGCGGAUCACCCGGGCUUCCACAGAAACACUCGCGGAAGGUUGAUGAAAACGCCGAUGAGACCAAGCAAUCAGGUUUUGGUGCAACCAAUAUAGGUAGAUGGUUGUACCAGAUCGAUCCCCCUCUUCCUGGAACCGGGUGGACAUCAUUGGUCCUGGGUCCCGGACCCCGGACCUACCUGUUCUUUGUGACCCUUCCAUGGUUGUAACAUGGCAUCUAUGACCAAGCUGCCUUCAUCCCUGCAAUACUGAUGAUCUUGGUUCUAGACCAUGGAGUCUCGCAGGCUUCGCAGAGAAAGAAUGCCAGGCCUCCAUUGAUGCGGAGCUCCAGGGUCAAAAACCCAAGAAACGGCGACGCUGAUGGUCUCGCCGGGCAGCGCUGGGCUGGAGAGGAAGGCCUUGUUCACGAACUGCCCCAGACUGGCGUGGCACAACAUCUCAUAAUCAGAUGCCAGAGUUGCCGGAAUUUGCAGUUGAGUCAUCGAAGCUGACGUGGACGAACUGGGCGAUGAGAUGCCGGUUUUUCUCAACCACCUGGUAUGCCGGAAGAGGGGUCGCCCCCUUGAGCAUCUGGAGCUGACUCCGGAGCUGACCAAGUGAGACGAGAAGCCAACUGGAAUGAUGUGACGCACACGGCCGGUGGAAAAAGGAUGAACAAGUCCUUUUUUUGACGUUUUUUGCAAGAAAGAUCCAGAAAGGAAAGGUUUAAUAAUUUGUUCAGAGAGGUCGAGGAACAGUAGAAACAUGUAGAAACCUCAUCAACGGAAGAGUGAGUGAGCUCAGAGUUUUGACGGGUAUAUGCACAAGUUGUUUUACUUGUUUUGUGUGUGUGAGUGCCAGGGCGCCCAACGCGUGUGCAUUCAUAGUCCUUGAUAGGUUGCAGUAAGCGGUGUCCAUUAAGCACCCUUGGGGGUUCUUGGUAGAUGUUUGCAUUUAUUGAAUCAACUUCACUUCAGCAUUUACCGCAUGUGCAUCUCGAGCAGGUAUCAUGUUAUGCUUUUUAUCAUGCACAUACUGGUAGUUCCUACUCCCUCCCCAUGGCAAGAUUCAGGGGCUGUUUUGUAGUUUGGAGGGGGUAGCACUAUAUCACUAUAUCCUUUAAACAUCCAAUCCGAUGCUUCCGUGUGGCUGAGGCCAUUGGGCAACAAGUUCACGAGGCAUUGAU